UUAGCGUAUGUCGUGAGAGAGAAUGCGCAAUCCUGAAUCUACGGUUGACCGUAAGUUCAAAAUUUACGGUCGACCCAACUCCUUCACAGCACGCCAUCCCGCAGCCUCCCCCUCCCCCCUCCCCAUUUCCAUUUCUUUUCCUCUUUUUCCCUUCCCUUUCCUCUCGAUGGAUCUAGCAGGGAUCCCAACCGGUGCGCAUUUCCCUUCCCCUUUCCUCUCGAUAGAUCCAGCUGGGAUCCGGACCGGCGCGCCAGGCGGCGGCGAGAACUCGAGAGGACUGCAGGGGCGGUGACCAGUGGGCCAGCUGCUGGAGCCUGAGGCGCGCCCAGCGGCGGGCGGUGGCGGGGAGGCCGAGCGGCUCUGAGCUGCGGCGGGGCAGCGACCAGCGCAUGGUGGGAGACAGGCGGUGGCAAGCAGCUGCGAGGGAGACGCGCGGCUUCCGGCUUCCCGCGGGUGGCGUAUGGUGCGGAUCUCGGCCGGCGCGUUCGAGCGGCUGCGGGUCGGCGCACUCGAGCAGCUACGGUGCGUGGUGACCGGCGCGGCGGCAGGGGGCGGCGACCGGCGCAGUGGCAGCGGGCGGCGUCGGGGUGGCGCGACGCGAUGGGGAGGUGUGAUGGUGGCGGGGUGGUGCGAUGCGGCGGGGUGGCGCGGCGCCUGCUGGGAAGCGCCGGCAGGAGGCACAGCGGGCGGCGCGGAGGGGGCCGAUGGCAGGGAGGCCCUCCUGCGCAAGCAGCAUCGACGGCGGCCGCAGCUCCACAAGCAGCCAUGGCUCCCCAUAUUCUCUCCGGCGACGACUUGCACUGGGACGCACCAUUGCGAUGGAAAAGAUCCACUACAAGGACGGUUUACAUAGUUUAGUCAGCAAAGUUUAAUGGUUGGAUCUACAACCAGAAACGCAUAUUCUCCUCUACUUAAGGUCGUACCUGUACAUGUCAGGAAGAAUAACCAAACAACUUAAGGUAUUUUAAUAGACCGCUUUAUUUAAAUAGUGUGCCUGCUGCAUAUGUUUCCAUGCCCGGCCAUCGCAUGGCACCAAUUUUUUGUAGCCAUAGGGAAACAUAGAAAAAAAAAUUUAAGAAGCUUUUGUUACAAUGCUAAAUCUCAGUUAACACUUUUAUGAUGGUCUGAACAAAUCUUAUGACUGCUUGGGAUACACACAUAUGCAGAUUGGUAUUUGCACCUUCAUGUAUCUUUCAGACAAUUGGUUCAACAGAACAAUGCAACAAUCAUCACAAGAAGGGAUUCAUUUUCUAGCAAAAGCAUUCCACACUGUUUUUUUCCAAAUGCAUAAUUACAGCAGCAGAUAAGGGAAAAUGGAGGUUGCUAAUAAGUUCCUUUAGUUUCUGAAAAAAUCAUUAUUUAUGCCACUCUUUAUUACAUCAUUAUAGCAGGCAUAUUAGUGCCCUUCGUUUUAUUUGAGUUAUUAUAAUUUGUAAUCAAGGUUCUGAAAUCUUGAGCUACCCUUUUGUGGUUAAUAAUCAGCUACAAGUUUUUCACCCUUUUAGCAUUUUUGUGCCUGUUCCUUAUCCAGUCAUAAUGCUUAAAUUGUUCUUUACCUGAUAUUGGAUAUCAACCAUAUCUGAUUGCAGACUGCUCAUGUUCCUAUCUGGAGUGACAACUGUCAUAUCUGUUUGGAUGAACAAGCUGUUACCGGAAAUCAUUGCAUGUUGCGACAUCUUCAGGUUUUAAAUAUGCUUCUGCAUAUUUCACAAGUCACAAAGGAGUUAGACAGGGGGACCCUCUUUCCCCUAUCCUUUUCAAAAUAGUUGCUGACUGUCUGGCUAGGAUGGUCAGAAAAGCUCAACGAAACAAUCUGAUUUAUGGUUUGGCUGAUAAUUUGAUUGAUAAAGGAGUGGCUAUUCUCCAAUACGUUGAUGACACAAUUGUUUGUGUCAAAGAUAACAUCGAUAUUGCAAGAAACAUGAAACUUCUCCUCUACUUAUAUGAAAUAAUGUCUAGUCUCAAAAUAAAUUUCACUAAAAGUGAAGUUCUAUUGAUCAAUGGGGAUGAUGAGAAAUAUAUGCAGUACGCAGAACUAUUUAACUGCAAAAUUGGCAGGUUUCCCAUCAAAUAUCUGGGUGUCCCAGUGAGUCCCAGUAGGUUGCAUGUGUGUGACUGGACUCCCCUACUUGACAAGAAUGAAAAGAAAUUAUCCACUUGUAAAGGAAGUUCCUUAUCCAUUGCUAAUCGAACAACUUUGAUCAAUUCUAGUUUAUCUAGCUCCUUCAUUUAUCAUAUGUCAAUUUACCUCUUCCCCAAAACCAUUGUCGCAAAGUUGGAUAAGUAGAGAAGAAUUUUCUUCUGGCAAGGGGGAGGGGCUAAAAGAAAAUAUCAUCUUGUUAAGUGGGAAAUAAUUUGCAGAAGUAAGAAAAAAGGAGGACUGGGGGUAAAGGACAUAUAUAAUAUGAACAUUAGCUUGCUUUGCAAAUGGUGGUGGAGACUUGAGAGUGAAGAUGGACUUUGGCAGGACAUAAUUAAAGCCAAGUAUUUGAAAGGGAGACCUAUUAGCUCUGUGAAACACAGGCUAGAUGACUUCCCCAUCUGGUCAGACCUUCUGAAAAUCAGAAUGGUUUACCUGAAAGGGAGACAAAUCCACACAAGGAAUGGGAAAAAAAAACUCUUUUCUGGUAGGAUAGUUGGUUAAUGGGGAAACCGAUUUGUAUUGACCACCCUGUGCUCUACGACUUAUGUGAGAACAAGAUGAUAACAGUACAGGAGAUGUUAGCUAUAAAUAGUCGUUUGAACUUUAGCAGGUGGCUCCACCAUUCAUUGUUUGAGGAAUGGAUGGGGAUUGUCGAUAAGACAUUCUCUUUUAACUUUGAGACACAAGAGGAUAUUGUUUCUUGGAGUUGGAGUAGCAAGAAGAUUUUCACCACGAAAUCUGUGUAUAACCAUACGUCCAGUGACGGAGAAAUCAAUAGUUUUAAUCACAUCUGGAGGUCGAAAUUACCUUACAAGAUUAAGAUAUUUACUUGGUUGUUGGAGAAAGGUGCCAUUCUCACCAAGGAUAAUAUGUUAAGGAGGAAGUGGAUAGGGGAUCCCUCCAGUAAGUUCUGUGAUCAGCCAGAAACAAUUGAUCACCUCUUUUUCCAGUGUUUGAUAGCCAAAUGUGUAUGGGCUAUGAUUGGACAAUGUUUUGGUGCAAACAAUACUUCGAGAGAUUGUCGGCAGUAUAAACAGUGGAUUAGGAAGUGGCUGCCGGAUGGGCAUAAUGUUUAUCACUUCAAUUUUGCAGCUGUGUGCUGGGCCAUUUGGAAGUGUCGUAAUAAAGCAGUUUUUGAUGCCAAACUCAUUCGGCACCCAGCCGAGAUUCUAUUACACUCAUAUGCUUUCAUGAAUUAUUGGGCAGGGCUUUACACUUCGGACUUUCAGGGGAGGCUGCUGGAUGGAGUGAAGACGCUUCUGGCCUGUGCCCACAAGGUGUUAGCACAACAGGCUGGGGGGGCCACCCGUGGGGUUGCUGCUGUCGUCGCCUGCAGAUCAAGAAGAUCAGGAGGGUUGAUGCUGCAAAAUAGCAAAAAGAAGAAGGAAAGGAAUAAGUUCGUCAGAGUGAACUAUGUGUGCUGCGGAGUCCAGUGGGGCUGCGUUUGUGUGAUGUUAAAACCUUCUUUUGUCUUGGCUCAUGCUCUGUCUUCUGUCGCGAGCUGGCCCUCACCUGGGAACCCUGGGUUUUGGGUCUGUCUCUGUUCUCUUCUAGCUUGAAAGUCAGGUUAGAGAGUGGUUUAGGCUCUGUUCCUCUCGUCUUAGUUUCUUUGCACCCUGCCUGUUUCUGACUUUGUAAUUUCGUUUCUUCGAAUGGAAUUGGGGACGAGCCUCGUUUCAAAAAAAAAA